UUCCAGAAGACCUCCGUUUCAGCUGUAAAGUGGGGAUCGUGAUGAGGAUCUUGGGGGUUAGCUCCUGCCGGGAGCAGCGGCAGAGUAAGAGAGCUCCUCGCAGUGCCUGCCAUUCUCUCCGAGACGUGCUGCCUGGCGCCCGCAGCCAUGUGCCGGACCCUGUCCGCCUUUCCCACCACCUGCCUCGAGAGAGCCAAAGAGUUCAAGACACGACUGGGGCUCUUCCUUCACAAAGCUGAGCUGGGCUCUGACACCGGGAGCCUCGGCAAGUUGGAGUGGAGCACCAAACACAGCAAAGAGAGCCGGAACCUCUCAGAAGAUGUGCUGGGGUGGAGAGAUUCGUUCGACUUGCUGCUGAGUAGUAAGGAUGGGGUGGCCGCCUUCCACGCCUUCCUGAAGACGGAGUUCAGCGAAGAGAAUCUCGAAUUCUGGCUGGCCUGCGAGGAGUUCAAGAAGAUCCGCUCUGCCGCCAAGCUGGCCGCCAGGGCUCACAGGAUCUUUGAGGAGUUCAUUGGCAGCGAAGCUCCCAAAGAGGUGAACAUAGACCACGAGACCAGGGAGCUCACGAGGAUGAACCUGCAGGCCGCCACGGCCACAUGCUUCGAUGUGGCUCAGGGGAAGACAUGGGUCCUGAUGGAGAAGGACUCCUACCCUCGCUUCCUGAAGUCCUCCGCGUACCAGGACCUGGCCGCCCAGGCCACGGCCUCCUCGGCCGCCCCAUCCAGCAGCAGCGUGGCUGAGCCUUUAUGCACCUGAGCCUCUGUGGCGGUGAGGGAGCCAGCUGGAAGGCAAGGUGAAGCCGCCUGACUGGCCCUGAGGCUUCGGACCCGGGUGGGAAGCCGGUUCUGCUAACCAGUGCGAGAGGACUGAAGCAGCGCAAAGCCGCCCCAGCCAACAGUGCUGGACGCCCCAGCCUCGUCUACAGAUACUGUGGGACUCAGUGGGUGCAUGAGAGGGUGCCCCACUCCAGGGCCUGGGACUGAAGAAGAGUGGGAGGCAUCAUUGCAUAUCCCUGUUCUUGCUCAGCAAGGAGACGGUGAUCUGGGUAAGGGGAAGUUCGCACCUGUGGGAGCACAGGCACCCUGGUCAGCAGGUUUGCCUGUGGUCAGCAGCCUCUGCUGUAUCCUGUCUCCCUAGUUCUGCUCUGAGCAGAGGGUGGGGGUGGGGAGUGAGGGUGCAUGGGCAUCUGCCCUGCCCUGCUCACCUGCCUGUGGGCCUUCCAGGUGCCUUAGCCUGCAGGUACACUACGUCCACACCCUCAGUGCUGCCGAGACCCACAGCCACAGGUCACUCCUGACCAGGAGUCGUGUUUUAAAACUUCAGCAAGGGCUCUUUGAGCCUCUUUCCAAGGUUGUCGCAAACCUGGAGAAGGGCCACCUAGCACAUAGGACAUGAACAUUGGUGCUCUGGGUGGCCCCUGCAGAAGGCCUCUGACCCCACCUCUUGCUGGGAGGUGCCCUUUUAGCUCGGUGCCUUGGAAGUGGGGCCCAUGAGGCCUCCCGGGGAGUGGCCAGUCCAUCUCUUGUGCUUGGUGGACUGAGAGGGCCUCAGCUUUGGAACACACCUGGGUUUGGGGAUGCUGGAGGGGUGCCAAGGACCCAAGGGCCAAUCUUGGGGCUCUCAGGCCAUCUUCCUGUCUCUGACCCAUAACUGUCCCUGUGCUGUGGAAUGAGGGCAGAGAGGGUCACAAGGAGCGAGUCUCCUGUCUGUCGUGAGAGUUAAGCUGCUGGUUUCCGAGGGAAAGACCAGGGCAGGGGCAG